AUGGCUGCCCCCCAGGCAGCCAUCAAGCUCCUGGACUGCAUGGCCCGGUUCCACCGAGACGAGAACUCCCGCCUCGAGGCCUUCUGCGACUGGCACGACAAGUGGGUGGGCUUCAGGUUCUCAGAUGCCAGACGCGGCAGCAUCAGCAGUGGCAGUGCAGACAAGCCAUGUCUGGACGGCGAGUUCUACGUGGUGGGCAGCAGCUGCAAUUACUUGGUCGUCCUGCUGGAGGUGAAGGACGAGCUUGGAAGUAGUGGCGACCCGCACUACCAGCUGCAGCGAUACAUGCAGCAAUGCUACUCCAAGCGCAUGUGGCACGAGGACCCAGUGAUCUGUGCGCUGGGGGCGCCUGCACUUGGAGUGGACCUGGCUGGGCCCAACCUCCUCAUCCACGGCCUGUACACGCUGCACUCGGACUGCAUCGUCAGCGAGGCCCUGACCCCGCGCAUCCCGCUCGUGCAGCAGGGCGCGCGCCAGCCCCGCCAGCUGCACCUGCUGGCGGCAACCCUGGCUGGCUACGCGGCAGCUGCCUGGGCGCUGGCAGAGCGCAUGGUCAGGGCUGCUGGUGGCGUUGCGGCGGACCUGCCGCUCCUUGAGCAGCGGGCGCGGGAGGUGCUGGGCUCUUUGUCGCAGCUGGGCGUUGAGUACGAAGCAGCACUGGCAAGCGCGAGCCUGGAGCCAGCGCAGGUGCAAGCCGUGGCGGACUGGCGUGUGGCAGCGGCGCCUGCGCCAACCGCCGCGGCGCCGCUGCCCCCCUACCCCCUGCUGCACAGCAUAGACGCGGCACUGAGCCAGCUGCCCGGCCUCGACGGCAAGCUGCUGUACACAGCCACAGAGGCCGACGGGCGUGCCCAGUUCAUCAAAUUUACCACGCUGCUCUACCCCAAGCACGUACAUGAUGCAUGGCAGGAGGAGGGGCUGGUGCCGACGCUGCACCGCUGCGACGCGCUGCCUGGUGCUUACUGCUGCGUGGCCACGGAGUUGUUGGCAGCGACGGAUGGCUGGAAGAUGCUUCCCGAGCUUGGGGACAGCAGCCCUGACCAGCAGCAGUGCUUUGGGGCUGUGGAGCAAGCGCUGUCACGCGCGCACAGCAUCCUUGUGCAGCACGGCGGCGGCCGCGCGCUCGCUGUGCACGGCGACAUGCGCGGCCCCAAUAUCAUGGGCGUUGCAUUUUGA